AUGGCGCCGGAACCCAUCAACCCAUCCAUGUCGUCUCCGCCCAAGAUUGGCGCGCCUGCUGUAGCGGUCGUUUCGGGUUCCGUCCUGGCAGGCGCCAUGGCAAGCCUCUCGGCAUUCGUUAUCCCGGUGUUGCUCGACACCAACGUCGCCGCCGACCAUAUGCUCCGACAGUGGGCCCGGCUGUACCACUACGGCCACAUCUACAUGCCGGCCCUGUGCGUGGCCACUUGCGGCGUCUACGCAUACGCCGCGAUAGACCAGAAGGGAAGGGCCGGAUCUCGCUAUAUUCUCGCUGCUCUGUCCACCAUCGCCAUGGUUCCGUUCACUUGGUUGAUCAUGGCGCCUACGAACAACACGCUGUUUCGGCUGGAGUCUUUGGGAUCAACGGUCACGGACUUGACGGUUGCCCGGGGCUUGCUGGUGAAGUGGGCCUGGCUGCAUGCUGUACGGUCGUUGUCACCGCUGCUUGGGGUGUACUUGGGCUUUACGGGUGUGGUGCAGGAGCUGGGGUUAAGGGUGUAG